GGCUUGGAUCUAAAAGAGAAAAACAUCGAGCAUAAAAACAACAACAUCAAAGCUUGAAGCGGAGGGAUUAAAACAUAAAAAUACAAAUUUAUAUUAAAAUAUAUAUGAUAGUAACAAAUGUCAAUAGCACGCGGCUUCCCAUUGUUGAAAUGCGUCAAUGUGCACGCACGAUGGCAGCGUUUUUAUAGCAGUGCAAAGUUGCGAAAUAUUGGUAUUUUAGCACAUAUCGAUGCAGGUAAAACAACCACCACGGAACGCAUGCUCUUCUAUGCUGGGAAAACGCGAACUCUGGGAGAGGUGCACCGUGGUAACACCGUGACAGAUUAUUUGACGCAGGAGCGUGAACGCGGCAUAACGAUAUGCAGUUCGGCGGUCGCUUUCAAUUGGCAUGGACAUAAAAUAAAUCUUCUGGAUACACCGGGUCACAUAGAUUUCACUAUGGAGGUGGAACAAUCGUUGCAUGCUGUAGAUGGCGUUGUUGUGGUGCUGGAUGGUACAGCAGGUGUGGAGGCACAAACUAUCACUGUAUGGGCACAGGCCGAAAAACAUCGCUUGCCGAAAAUAGUAUUUGUCAAUAAAAUGGAUCGACCUGACGCAGAUUUCAUGACCUGCAUUCAGGAUCUGUCACAAAAAUUGGAUGCAAAACCAAUUUGUUUGCAGUCCCCAUUAAAGGACGAAAAUGGAAAUUUGAUUAUUUUGGAUGUAAUAACACAGCAGAUGUUCACUUGGAAUAAUGUAAGUUUAGGUCGCGAGUACACAGCGCAGCCUCUAUUUGAUGAACAUGUUGCGGAGCUGCAAGAAAAACGUUACGCCUUGAUAGAUGAGCUCUCGGGCAUAGAUGAUGACCUAGCACAGGUAGUCAUUAACAACGAAGGCUUUGAUCAAAUUAGAAAUGAUUUGAUAAAACAAGCUUUGCGACGCGCUGUAGAACAACGCAAAGUGGUGCCAGUACUUUUGGGCUCGGCAUACAAAAACGUAGGGGUGCAACAUCUAAUGGAUGGGGUUAUUGAUUAUUUACCGGCGCCACCCGAACGUAAUCAGCUUUACGAUUGUUUUGGCGAAGAUUUUGUGGGCAAAGUUUUUAAAAUCGUGCACGACAAGCAACGUGGCUCGCUAACUUUGGUGCGUGUUUUUCGUGGCGAACUGAAGAGAGGCGCACGUCUGGUUACUACGCGCAACAAUGCAGAGGUGGUUAGCAAAGUUUAUGAACCAUUGGCGGACGAGUAUCGGGAAAUAAGUGGUGUGCCAGCGGGAGAUGUAGCAAUUUGUGCAGGCUUGAAGCAUACAGUUACUGGUGAUUUGUUGACUGUCAGCACCUCUUCGCUAAAAAAUGCGCAAAAACGUCUACAAAAAACUCUGAAAUUACCGGAAAGAUAUGAGGCGCCUGAAGAGAACGACGCCGACGCUGCUUUAGUGAGGGAAAUAUUCUCCACUGAGCCACAAAUACCUGAUGCGGUGUACUUUUGUUCAAUCGAACCACCUAGCUUGGCAACACAAAACGCUAUGGAGGCAGCACUAAAGCAACUGCAGCGUGAAGAUCCCAGUUUGCGCGUAAAUUAUGACACUGUUACUGGACAAACUGUGUUGGGUGGCAUGGGUGAACUGCACAUGGACAUUGUUAAAUCGCGCAUACUCACCGAAUUCAAAAUCGAUGUGGACUUAGGUCCACUACAAAUUGCCUACAAAGAAACGAUUGAGACACCAGCGAUGGAUACUUUUCAAAUAGAAAAAGAAAUAGCUGGAAACAAACAAAGUGUCACGAUUACUUUGGAACUCUUACACGAAGAAAAGGAAAGGUUUAGUUUAGAUAAAUCCGGGGAAAAUGCAGCUAAUUUAAGUGCAUUACGCCCACGUACGCUACAAGUGAUACGUAAAGGUGCAUUAUCUGGUUUGGAACGUGGGCCACGUGUUGGUGGUCAAGUGGUUGAUACGCAAAUACGGUUACAUAAUAUGACAAUAGGACGCGGUACGGCCGAUUCAUUUAUAAUGGCCGCAACAGCACAAUGUGUACAAAAGAUACUAACCUCAGCUGGUACGCGCUUGUUGGAGCCUGUCAUGGCUUUGGAAAUUGUUGCGCCAUCCGAACGGAUAUCUACAAUUAUAGCUGAUUUGUCACGUCGCCGAGCCACGAUUAACGAUGUUCGUCCGAAAAGUGAACAAAAUAAUAUAAUAUCUGUGAGUGCGCCAUUGGCAGAGUUAUCCGGCUAUUCAAGUGCUCUGCGUACCAUAACCUCUGGCACGGCAAGCAUGACAAUGCAACCAUGUGGUUUUGCAAGAAUGAAUGCAAACGAUGAACUGCGCGCGAUUAAAAGAGCACAAGGAUUUGAAUAAGAUGUGUGAUCUCGCUGAAAAGAAUCACGUACUGCCUACAGUUACAUAUGUAUAUCCCAUUUUUGUCGCUAUUUACGUAAGAAUUCGUGGAUUAAGAUAACGCCGAAAGUACCAUAUACCUACAUUUGGUUAUGUAAAUAAAUAAAACACCAUUAAUUUAUUCAUUUUUGGAAGUAUUUAUUUCAAAGUUUUCAUUUAUCUCAUUUUUAACUGUCUCUUUUAUGUAAUUUUUCUGCAUUCAAUUAAUUUUUUAUUUGUUAAUUUGCUUAUUACUUAAAGCAUGUGUGUACCUAGAUACAUAUUUAUAACUAUAUGUAAUUUUCAGUAUAAGUAUAAUUAUUAUUUUGUGUUUACAUUCUAACCUCACUGGUUCUUUGAGAAUCAUAUAAUUUAUGAAUGUACGCUUAGCGAUUAUAUGUAUGUAUGUAUUUGUUUAAAAGGUGUGCAUUUUCUUGGCAUUAUAAUUUUUAGAGAAGAAAAUUAAUUAAAAGAACAGUUGAAUGACAAACACAAACAAUAAUAUAUGUAAAAUUCAACUAUGAAACAGUAUGUACAUAGCUAUAGUUGGGGACAUUGUUCGCUUAAUACAUAAUAUAUAAAAGAAUCUGCAGAAAAUAAUUUAAUAUCAAGUUAAAUCUCCUUUUGUAACUAUUUUACGAAUGCUACAUGUUUUAUAGAGUACGAAAUUGUAAAAUUAUGGCUGUGUAAAUUAAUUAAAUACCUAUUCCAUCCAUCUAAAUGUCGGAAAACGGAGGCGGACAGAUGUUUACAUAUUUGCAAUCUCUUUUCAUGCUCUCUCUCUUUCUCCCUCCCAAUUUCCGCAAACUGCUUGCAUACUAAUCUGCCAAUGUAAACAAAUGUAAUUCGUUUUGAAAUAAUAUGCGUUCGCUUUAUUUUAAACACAGACCAAGCCCAAUCUAUACAACAUUUACGUGAUUUUGGUUUUUGCAUCCACGUUUACAUUAAAAUAUAGAAGCAAAUGCUUUGCGAACACUAUGAUAACAUGCAUAGCUUUAGACGCUUAAUAUGAACAAGAAAAUUACAAAAACGGUUUUAUAAAUGAAUGUGUCUCAUUUUAGUCAGUAUGCAAUUUUCUUGAAGAUUAAAACGAAAAUGCAACAACUAGUACAAUGAAGCUGACUUUAAGACAAUUUCGAAUAUUUUCAUACUUACAUACACUUUCAUUUCAUGUUGCAUGCCUCACAAGGGAAUAAUAUUGUUGUUUUCACUUUUUAAUAUAAUAUAAUAGUCAGGUAUGAGAAAGUUCGGCGGCCGCCGCACAGUGAUUCAGGUAUAUGGGCUAAUCGGACAAAAAUCACUACUCCUGUAUUACUUUACCGAUUUUAAUUUAAUAAAAGCAGUUGUGUAGCUCAUGUAUAGAGUUACAACUGUAGCAUGAAAAAAAAGUUCUGGGCUAAGUUAGGAGGCAGGAAGUAUAAACAAAAAAUUUUAGAAUAUUAAACAUUGAACUUUUAAUAAUAUUAAUUUAUUUAAAACAAUAAUUUUUGCUAUAAAUUUCAAAAAAUCAAAAUUAUGUUUCCUCUUUGAUUAGCUAGG